AUGAAACACCUCUCCCGUCUUUCCUUCCCGAUCCCGACCUACCAGCAUAUCCCCAAAGAUACGCUAGGACUAACCAUAACCUCACCACUCCACAUCUACCGCAACCUAGUAGCCACCAACGUAAUCUCGGCAGAUCCAAACCAACACCGCGCAGCAAUUGUAAUCCAGGGUGUCUACGAGCGAUUACUCGAUUACAAACCAGACCGCUAUACUGACCUUAAAAAGCGUCUGGAUGCGGUAACUAACUCUCUACGUGCGCUUGAAGAUGCACGUAAAAAGGCUUUACAUGGUGGAGGUACUGGAGGUGGGGGUUUACAAAAACCAAGAACGACGUGGAGGGAUUCUCCGUAUCUUCCUACAUCUUUACAAUCACCACAAGCUCAGAGUAAAGCUUUAAUUCGCACUUUCUCACGUGAUGAGGAGCUUUUAAAUAUAUCCUCCCCGCGGGGGUUGUUACUUAGUGGGAAUGUCGGAUGUGGGAAGAGCAUGUUGACGGAUAUACUGGCUGAGAGUUUACCAGUUGAGAGUAAGAGACGAGUGCAUUUCGAUACGUUUAUGCUAGGAGUUUAUGGCAUGCUUGAGGAUUUCAGGAUUAAGAAUGCUUAUGCUAGUCAUGAUAGGGAUGUUGGAGAGGGGUAUUCGGUUCUGCAUGUCGCGAAAGAGAUGGUGGAAAACUCAACGGUGCUGAUAUUGGAUGAAUUCCAAAUGCCGGACAAGGCCUCCGGGAAGAUCUUAAAGAGUUUGCUUAAUGCGUUUUUUAUGAUGGGUGGAGUUUUGAUCGCUACGUCAAAUCGGUUGCCGGAAACUUUGGUUAGUGCGGAAUGGAGGAAGGAAGAAUUUGGGGUUUUUGAAGAAGUUUUGAAGAGGAGAUGUGAGAUUUGGGAUAUGAAGGGCGGGAUUGAUUGGAGGAGGCGAAGCGGGGAAGGAAGGAUUGUGCAGGUUCCUGCUAACACCAUAGGGUUGGAAGAAGGGAGGGUAGUUGAAGUUCCAAAGUUUUACUUUUUGAAGGAAGGGGAUAUGCAAGAAGCGUGGGAGGAAUCGUUAGAGAUGGCCGCCACCGGCGACGAGAAGGAGUGGACAGAGAGGGGUCUAGUAGUUUAUGGAAGAGAAGUCCUCCUUAAACGGGCUCGCAAUGGAGCCGCAUUUUUCACUUUCGACGAGCUUUGUGUAGAGCUUCUUGGCCCCGCAGACUAUAUCACCAUUGCAUCUAACUUUUCGACAAUAAUUAUCGACCAGGUCCCAGUAUUGACUUCAAAAUCCCACCGACAUGAAGCAAGAAGAUUCAUUACCCUUUUAGACGCAAUUUAUGAGUGUCGUUGCAAAUUGUUGAUUCGAGCGGAAGUUCCUAUCGAGAACCUCUUCUUCCCAGAUGCCGCCGAAAAGAGUGCGAACUCCCAGGAAGAAGACUCGAUCCACUCGGAGGCUUUCGCAGAAGCACACCAAGACCUCACCGUGCCAUUCAGACCCAACAUAUCGCUCUAUGAACAGCUUCCCGAAGAUCCAAACGACCCUUUAACAUGGAAACGAAAGAGAUAUACAGUGGCAGACCAAGAUUCCGAUUUUCGAGGAAAAGUUGAUUUUACGAGUGUAAAAAAGUAUACUGGCGAAGAUGAGAAGUUCAGCUUCAAAAGAGCUGUUUCAAGAGUAUGGGAGGUUUGUGGCGACAAGUGGUGGGACGCGCUGUCAUAUUCUGAAAAAGAGCUUCCUUCGGCGAGGCGAGUAACUCAUUCGCCGAUGUCAAGGUCUUUGCGUCGUUGGGAGGGGGGUAUUCUCGAAGGCAGUGACACAAAUAUUUCUCGUCCUGCAGUUGAAAACGAUACACCUACAGCUCCUCUAAGACCACACGCCCCCCAGUUUACCCCAGUGCACAUUUGGGGGGUGAUUGACAACUGGGGUAAAAAAGCAGGGCGGUGGGGCAAAGGUGUAAAUGCCUAUAAAGACGAAGACACGCGAGAUAAAAGCUCGGACACGAGGAGCGACAAAUGA